AUGUGAGAGAAGCAGGAUUUCCUUUAUGUUCCAGGAUGUAUUGAGCAGGACAGUUCUACAGGCAGCUGACAGCCUGAUGCCACUCCACACAGGGGUUCCACACCAGUGAUCGUGAUCUUUUGAAGUGGAAUACGCCCGGUCGCCAUGACACCAUGUGAAUCCAGAAGUUUCCUCCUCUUCCUCUUCCUCCUCCUUGUCCUUUUCAGCUUCCUCUCAUCCUUGUUGUAUUACAGCUUGGACCCGAAAUCUUACCAGCAGAAAUGGCCUACAGAUGUUCCUCAAAGAAACAUCAACAUCCUGCUGUGGCACUGGCCAUUUGGCCACUCCUACAAGCUUGAUGGAGACAAAUGCCUCGAGAUGUACAACAUCAGCCGCUGUUUCCUCACUGAUGACACCUCAACCUUCUCCACUGCUGAUGUGGUAGUCUUCCACCAUGAGGAGCUGAGUAGAGGUUUGUCACCGCUGCCCUUGCACCUGGAUCGCCCAGCUUCCCAGCACUGGGUGUGGAUGUCUUUGGAGCCUCCUGUCAACAAUGCAAACCUUGCACAAUUCAAUGGCCUUUUCAACUGGACAAUGAGCUACAGAUGUGAUGCAGACAUAUCCAUCCCUUAUGGAAAGACCAUUCUAGGAGGCGAUAAGCUAGGCUUCCAGGCUGCUCUGAAUCGCUCCUGCUUUGUCAGCUGGGUGGUGAGCAAAUACCAGCCUCAUCAAGCUCGGGCUGUUGUUUACCAAAGUCUACAGACAUAUAUCCCCAUCGAGGUGUAUGGCAGGUGGAACAAGAAACCUCUGUCAAACAAGAAGCUGUUGCCCACCAUUGCAAAAUGUCUUUUUUACCUGUCUUUUGAGAACUCCAAGGCAAAGGACUAUAUCAGUGAGAAGCUCUGGAGGAAUGCCUUCCAAGCAGGGGCCAUACCGGUGGUUCUCGGCCCCAGCAGGGCUACCUACGAGGCUCUAGCUCCCCCUGGUUCCUUUAUCCAUGUAGAUGAUUUCAAGAACACAGCAGAUCUGGCUGUCUAUCUGAAGCAAGUGGCUGCAGACAAGCAGGCCAGUGAGGGGUACUUCCAGUGGCACCACACUCACCAAGUAAAAACCUACACUGACUGGAGAGAAAGGCUGUGUCAGAUCUGUGUCAAGUACCCCAGUUUACCAGUCAGUAAAGUCUACCAGGACCUGGAGAGCUGGGUUAACAGCUAAGAUUUCAUCUCUUCAUGCUUCAUACUUCGAUUGGAACUGCUGAUACUGCUGGGUUACCACAUGCAAAUUUGAACUACCAUUCAGUGACAUUUUAAUGUAAGAUUCAAUGUGUUUCAGUCAGCCAUGCAAUUUUGAUAAACAGUGGGGAACUGCAAACAAAGUAAACAAAUCUCAAGUGGCCGUCGCUGGUUAGGUUGGUUGUGCAAUAUACAAAAAAGCGGAAGUAGGAACUUUUGUGUACCCAUAAAUAACCAUGUUCCAUUUUAACCAACCACAGAUGCAAGCUUCUUUUUAAGACAAGCCACUGAAAACUGUAAACUAUCAGGGCCUUAUCAAUAUUCUCUUCCUGAAAUGCCUGCUCAUCAUAAAACAACAAAAUUAGUUUUCUUUAUUUUCUUGUCCCUGUGGCUCAGGGCCUCAGUCAGCUUCAAACGGAAUACUUCUUAGAUCAUCUCCUGUUUAAUGGUUAUGUUUGGGCAAGUUUGGACAACUGAAACUACUUGGUUAAGCAAAACUAACUUUAAAUGGAAGGAAAUAAUAUUAACAAUGAGUUUACUUGUGUAGCCCUCUCAGUGUAUUUAUGAAGUGCUCCAAGAAAGUACACGAGAUGCAGUAAUUAAAUCAUACAGUUAAAGGAAAAACUGGAUAAAGGAAACAGAAUCAUUUUGUGAACAGUAGAUAGUGAACAGUAAUUUACUCCACAGGUUAAAUUACUAUUGCCUAUGGUAACAAAUAGACUUAGGAGCUGCAAGAAAAGCCUACUGCCAAUCUAAGCGUGUACCCUUCCAUAGUGGGCUCAGCAGGUCAGAGAUGUAGCUUGGCGGUAUAUUGUAAGUGGUUGAAAUUUUGAACAGUGUACUGGAAGAAAUGGGAAACCAAUUGAGGAGGGCUGAAUUUGGUUUUCUUCUCUUAGUUCCAGUUAAAAGCUGAGCAGCUUCAUUUUGGACCAGUUGCAGACAAUUUACUGUUUGUUGUUUGACCAAAAUCUCCUGUUUUAAAGACAGACUUUUUGUGCAUCUCACCCUUCUCUCUUAAGUGCUCAGUAUGCUUCAGACAUAGACAGCAAUAAUUUACAUUCUACGCUUAAAAAUGACACAUGGUGGGUAUUAUUUUGGUUGAAUCCACUUUGGACUUAUAUGUAUAGAUUCGAUUACUUUUUAUGCCAACAAAAUAAAUAAAUAAGGCAUUCAACAUUCAACAUUUUCCCAUCACAAUUGUAUUCACAGCCUCAAGAAAACAUCUUGCACUGGAAGGACCCGUGCAGACUCAAUCAACAUCAUGGGUCAUCUAACUUAAAGGUCACAGGUUGCAUUCCAGCAGGGCUGGUGCUGUCCUCCCUGCAGUCCUGAGCAAACUUCUGCUAAGGAGACCUCCUACCUGACCUGUGAUAUACGUGAACCAUUUGCUAGAGCCUAGUGUCUCAAAGUGGUAAAAU